CAGGCAGGCCGGGGAAGGUCGGGCCCAGAGCCCCGCCCCGCCCGGGAUGUCACGUGAGGGUGGCCCGCCAGUCAUGUGACCGCGGCCACGGCGGAGCAGAGAUGAGCGCCCAGCUGCUGCGGCCCCUGCCCUGGGCCCUGACCCUGCUGCUGGCACUGGGGCCGCGUGGCCCGGAGGCCGGGGCCCACAGAGUCCCCCAGUGUGACUUCCAGGAGGUCUACUUCGAGCAGCUUCUGGACCACUUCAACUUCGAGAGGUUCGGCAACAAGACCUUCCUCCAGCGGUUCCUGGUGUCAGAGAAGUUCUGGAAAAGGGGCGAGGGGCCCAUAUUCUUCUACACGGGCAAUGAGGGGAACGUGUGGUCUUUCGCCAACAACUCGGGGUUCAUCCUGGAGCUGGCGGCGCAGCAGGGGGCCUUGGUCGUCUUCGCGGAGCACCGGUACUACGGGAAGUCGCUCCCCUUCGGAGAGCGGUCCACGCAGCGCGGGCACACGGAGUUGCUGACGGUGGAACAGGCCCUGGCUGACUUCGCGAGGCUGCUCAGCGCGCUGCGGCGAGACCUUGGGGCCCAGGACACCCCCGCCGUCGUGUUCGGUGGCAGCUACGGGGGGAUGCUCAGCGCCUACAUGAGGAUCAAGUACCCGCACCUCGUGGCUGGGGCGCUGGCAGCCAGCGCGCCCGUCGUUGCUGUGGCCGGCCUCGGCGACUCCUACCGCUUCUUCCGGGACGUGUCGGCGGACUUUGAGGGCCAGAGUUCCACGUGCGCCCAGGGCGUGCGGGACGCGUUCCGGCAGAUCAAGGACUUGUUCGCACAGGGAGCGUACGACACGGUCAGCCAGGAGUUCGGCACCUGCCAGCCACUCUCCAGCCAGGACCUGACCCAGCUCUUCGGGUUCGCCCGGAACGCCUUCACCGUGCUGGCCAUGAUGGACUACCCGUACCCCACCGACUUCAUAGGGCACCUUCCUGCCAACCCGGUCAAGGUUGGCUGUGAGCGGCUCCUGAGUGAGACUGAGAGAAUCAAGGGGCUCCGAGCGCUGGCUGGGCUGGUGUACAACUCCUCGGGCACGGUGCCCUGCUAUGACCUCUACCUGCAGUACCAGGCCUGCGCGGACCCCACGGGCUGCGGCUCAGGCGCUGACGCCAGGGCCUGGGAUUACCAGGCCUGCACCGAGAUCAACCUGACGUUUUCUAGCAACAACGUGUCCGACCUCUUCCCCGACCUGCCGUUCACCGAGGACCUCCGCCAGCAGUACUGCCUGGACAGGUGGGGCGUGUGGCCCCGGAAGGACUGGCUGCACACCAGCUUCGGGGCGGGAGACCUCAAAGCUGCCAGCAACAUCAUCUUCUCCAACGGUGACCUGGACCCCUGGGCCGGGGGCGGGAUCCGGAGCAACCUCAGCGCCUCCGUCCUUGCCGUCACCAUCCAGGGGGGCGCUCACCACCUGGACCUCAGAGCGUCUCACCCAAAGGACCCCGAGUCUGUCCGGGAGGCUCGCAGGCUCGAGGCCAGGCUCAUCGGCGAGUGGGUGCACACGGCCAGACGAGAACAGAGGCUGCAGCUGGCCCGGCGCGGGGGUCUUGGAGACUGAGGCGCGCUCUCCGACUUGGAGCCAGACCAGACUCGCUGGGGAGCAGCUCAGGGCUCUGGGGGUGAGGGGCUAUGGCCGACAGAGGGGCCAGAGGAGAAUCUGGUGGACUGGCUGUGUGCAACGCAAAGCAUGUAGUCUGCAGUCCUCGCGGGGGACAGAGCGUGCGUGACCUGUACACGGCUGCGGCCUCCCAAACCAGCCACGUGCUUAAUAAAACCUAGCCCUCAA